AUGAAGACUUGGAGGUUAUUUGCUUGCGCGUUCCUACUGGCAGGUGGUGCACUUGCGGCGGAAAUUAUAAAAGUGUCUGAAACGGAACGAGUAGUAGAAAAUUUAAACAAAGAGUUCUUCAAUACCAAAAUUGGUGCAGAUGUGCGAGUAACUACUAUUGCAUAUGCAUUCAAUGUAAAAGAAGAAUGUUUUCUAAAAUUGCCUAAUGGAGAACAAUACACUAUUACUGAAGAACUAAAUAUACCCGGUGUAAAAAUUUUUGAUGAUCCUGAAUAUACAUGCGGUGUUAUUAUCAACGUUCAAUCCGAAAACUUGGUCGGUGAAUGGGAGCUGAUUGCUUGGGAGUUAAGACAUAGUAGUCCUAUAGAAAAAAGGUUACCGUUCACCAUAUACGUUGAAGAAAUUGUCAAUGCAGCACCAAAACAAGUUACGAUAACGGAAGGUAGUGAUCUCUAUUUGCACCUGGAAAGCAACACAGAGCUUCGUGAAACUUGCAAGCUCUUCGGAGCUGACGAAAGUGAAAGUGUCAACUUUGAAUUAGAUUCCAAUUAUAUUGAGAGCUGUGGAUUCAUUGUCAAAGGUGUUAAGGCGUCUGACAGUGGUAAAUGGGAAAUCAGAUAUGGGAAUGGCAUUAUAUAUAGAGCAUUCACUGAAGUGACUGUAAAUGAAAUAUGGAAUGGACAGCAUAUGGAUCUCGUCUGGGCUAAAGACAGACCAGUGGAUAUUACUAUUGGACCUGAAGAUGCAGUUUACUGUAGAAUUCAGGAUCCCAGUGGUACUGCAGUUUUUGAUGGAUUCGGUGCAUGCAAGAUUGUGUUAGGACGAACUCAUAGAGAGCACAAUGGGGUUUGGAAAAUGACCGUGGGCUUACCCGGAAAGGUUUUGACUGAAAACUAUGAUUUCAAGGUUACAGUAACUGAAGCAGCACGGAAACCUACAGUCACUACUCACGUUGAAAAACAACAGCCAGAAGUACUCUUGACAUGCUCAGUACCCACUGAAUACGAAGUACGUGCUUGCAAGUUCCGCGAUCCAUCUGGUCGUAUGCUGUUGGCUAAUGAAGGAGUAGGAGAGAGUCGGUACAGUUUCCACGGAGCAGGUGUUAGUCUAAAUUCUCAAGUAAGAACUCAUGAAUGCGGUCUCCGAAUUGUGGACCCUCAAACAUCGGAUUUGGGGCUUUGGCGAUGUGCUAUUGAAACUGAUCAGGACGAGUAUUACGGAUUCUUGACAGUACUCUGCCCUUGGGCCAUGCGGGAUCCUGAAGUCGCUGCUUCCGUAGUGUCAGAGCCUGUCUUGACCACCGAUGUAGAUAGAAUCACAGCUGUGGAGGGCGACGCCGUGACCAUGACAUGCUCGAUACAGUCCGCAGUAAGGUACUGUUACUUUAGAGCACGCAAUGGAACUGUCUUCAAUAUUUCACCUGGUACCUCAUCAGAGACUAUGGAGUACGUAGGUGCAGGUUUGGAUGCCGGCGAGUGUGGUAUCAGAUUUAAGAACCUGCUGUCCUCCGAUAGCGGCAGCUGGAGUUGCCACGUCGGUUUCCAAGACUUCAAUGAACCAGAACAAAGGGCAGUUUUUGAUGUUACUGUAAAUGAGCCAAUGACUGCACGUCAAUACGCUGAGCAGAGCACGCUGGUGGUGGAAGGGCAGGUGUACAACAGCCGACAGUUGGAGUACUGCAGAUUUGUUCGCAUCGAUGGACUAGGUGUCACUGCAGCGAACCUGCCUGACCGGUAUUCGAGUCACGACUCCCUAACCACUGGUCUAUGUAAAAUACGCAUUGAAGACGCUACUAUCCUAGACCACCACCCGUGGACUGUGGUCGCCAGGAUCCUGGGUCAGGACGUAGAGAUCUCUCAGAGCACGACGCACUCCAUCACCAUGCCACCAGCAGCGGCGCCUGGCAAUCCAAAUAAACAACUCAUCUUUUGGAUUCCAAUGAUGCUGCUGGUGAUGGUGCUGACAGCUUUGGUUGUGUUGCUUGUACCUAAGAGGAACCGCAGGAGAACUCUGGACAGGAUGAACAUCAUCAGAGACAGCAUCCGCGGCAGUUUCCAGAAGAAACCGUUGCAGGACCCUGCUUUAAAUACUGGCGUCAUGGCGGCGUAA